AUGAUUACUGACGGUAAUAAACUAGCCGAGUUUGGAGUAUUAACUUUACCCAUUGUGAGAAUCACUGAUGACCACCGCAAUCGCCUUCUUCGAGCUCUGGGUCGAUCUCAGACGGCGAUGCACGAACCCCUUUUUCCAUCCUGUCACUCACUUACAAGAUUCGUAAAUGGAUUCUUUGAUGGUUUCUAUCCUCAUAUGCCCGUCGUCCAUAUCCCAACAUUCAAAGCAGAGGACUGUGAGCCGGAAAUAAUUUUGGCCAUGGCUGCGCUUGGCGCGCAGUAUCGGCAUGAACAUCGGAAAGCUGUUAUACUUUUUUUUUGGGCGGCAAAGGAGACUUUGCAACGAAAUUCACAGGAAAGGGAAAGGAUGGAAUUGAACAACAAUAUUCCAUCCAGUGCUGGACAGGCAACAUGUCCCCAAACACGGAGCUCGGGGCUCGAAAACUUGCCAUACAGACAAUUGAUGCGCGAGGCACGAUGUGCUCUCUAUCUAAUUGCAUUUGCAACUUGGCAAAGUGAGCCAGAUAUCAUACGAGAUGCAUUCAACCUUCAAAGCUUUCUCGCCAGAUGUGUAAGAGAGUGCCAACUCAAUGAGACAGAAGAAUCAUUACAACCGGGAUUAGAGUGGUACUCCUGGGUACAGCAAGAAUCAGACAGAAGAGUCAAACUGUUCUCCUUUGCUCUUCUUAAUAUACACAGUAUAGCGUUCGCUACUCCGCCAGCGAUACUGAGUGACGAAGUUCAUCUCCGUCUUCCAUGCACCUGUUUCGAGUGGAUCGCUCCAAACAAAGAGAAAUGGUCUAUGGUGCACAAAUCAGGCAAUGCACAGCAAAUGCUUUUUCAAGAAGCUCUCUCUCACCUGUUGAAUGGCUCCCACGAACCGCAUCUACUGAACUCACAACCGGUUCCAUCUCCUUUAGCAAACUACAUUCUUUUACAUGCUCUGAUCCAAAGAAUCAUGCUUGUUCAGCGGGCGUUUAACCCACACACCGACGAGGAUCAUACCCUGCUCAAUCACCAGAAGGAAUCUUCUAGGAAGGCUCUUCACACAUGGACGUCUCAGUGGCAACGAGCCCCCGAAUCAAGUCUUGACCCUCGAAAUCCCAACGGACCUGUCACUUUCACCUCCACGGCAUUGCUCGGAGUUGCAUAUGUUCGACUGGCGUUCAAUAUAGGUUCAUACAAUAUCCUUGGAAGUCGAGACCCACAGGAAAUUGCCGAGAGACUACGCCAAAUGCCGCGUCUCCCUAGUGGGCCUCAUUUGCUUCCCGCAAUAUUGCAUGCGACACAUGCUCUGAGCAUACCAGUCAAAUUGGGCGUCAGUUUCGUCUCUCGCAGCCAUGCAUUUGUGUGGAGUAUUCAGCAUUCACUAUGUGGUUUGGAAUUUGCAAUCUUCCUCAGCAAAUGGCUGUUCUGUAUAUCGGGCUGUCAGAAAACCCGGCCUCUUGAUGAACAUGAGAGCCGCCUUAUUAGCUGGAUAGGGGAUAUUGUUGAAGAGGGCAGGACAUCAGGCGAUGAAGACCUUUGGUCUAGGCCCACAUUACCAUCUAAUUGUGCUUACUUGGGCUUCGCCGUUAUAAAGUUAUGGGCUACAUUAAUAAAAGGAAAUGACCAGUGGGCGAUAUUGAGGGUAAUUGGAGAGGGUCUGGAUACAUAUGCUAAUAUUUGCGAGCGAAUGUUCACCAGUUCUUUGGCAGAGGCCAAAUGA